GGGUGGGGCGCGAGGAAGCCGUUCAGUGCGCAGGCGUGGCCCUCGGUCCCCCGCCGCCGCCGCUCUUCUGGCCCGCCGCGGCUGACGCGUCACAUUCCACCUCGACGCGUCCGGGCUUGAGCGAGAGGAACGGGAGGCACUGCCGGUUUCUGCCGAGACGAGCGGGCGGGCAGGCAGGCAGGCAGGGAGAGGGCACAGACAGAGCCGGGCGCGGGCCGCCGACCCACCUGUCCCGUUGGGAGGAGACGCUUUGACUCAGCUCCGUCGAUCGAAACGGCCGCCGGGAGGAUGCGCCGCCGCUCCCUGGCCCGAAGAGGCAGACGGGGGAGACGAUGAAGGGGCUGCCCCGUCGGCCUCUCUUCCUGGCCUCUUGCUUCCUUCUGGGCUGCUUCCUCGGGGUCCCCCGCUGGCAUGUCUCUUGUAAAGAAAGUCCUUCUUCUGUGUCUUUGUUGUCAGCAAAUGAGAACUAUCUCUUGGCAAAUGUGGAUGGGAACAUCCAGGAAAAGGAAGAGACUGAUAGAUCCACUGCAACAUUGUCUUUUGAAUACACUGCUCCUAUUGUAGAUACUUAUACUGAUGAAUGUUCAGUUGACUGUGUGAAGCAAAGAGAG